UAAAAAGAAAAAAAGAAGUGUGAAAUGUGGCAAAAAAAAGGGGAGAACUUAUUAUUCAGUAGGGUACAAAGAAUGGUGGAGAAAGAAAAAUGUGAUUAUAGAUAUCAGAGAAGAGAUGCAGUAAUGUUAUCAGAUUGAGGUUUGGCCAUCGUGUGCUGAGGAGUGGGCUGACUCUGAUUGGGAAACAUCUGAUGGAAAGUGGGAAACAGUGAAGCGUUAGGGCAGUGCAGGAAGUACACUCGUCAAAAGAAGAAACUGUUCAGGGAACUGGGCGCAACUGGAGAAACUGUUGGAGUACCUGCGAAAUACUGGUGUAUAUAAAAAGAUAUAUUUAAUAUUUAAUAAGUUGUGAAUAGCGAUUAUAGAACAGUGGAGGGCAGCAAUACGGCCUAGUUGCGUCCAGCCUGCCGGAAACAAGAAGAAGAAGAAGAAGAAAGCGGAGGGCAGAACCAACUGUCUAUGGGCAGAACAGAAACGACUCCUAAUGGACGGGAUCGGAGAAUAGCUACGUCUGUAAAGUGAUGGUGCUGCGUUUGAUAUCGCCCCCUAUUAACAACUGAGUAUUGACAUGUUAAUAUAGAUAGUUCACUAGGCAGAACUGUAAUACGCCAACUAAACAGCACUCGUGCCCCCCCCAAGAAGGGGGCAUCACAACCAUGGCAACUGCACAGUCUGCUGUAACGUUUGCAGUGUGCAUCCUCAUGAUAACAGAGCUAAUACUUGCCAAGAAAGACUAUUAUGAUAUACUGGGAGUGCCUAAAGAUGCUACUGAGCGACAGAUAAAAAAAGCUUUCCACAAGCUUGCAAUGAAACAUCACCCAGAUAAGAACAAGAGCCCUGACGCUGAAGUGAGAUUUAGAGAAAUUGCUGAAGCUUAUGAAACUUUAUCAGAUGGAACCAGAAGAAGAGAAUAUGACCAGUUUGGUUACACCUCUGCAUACUUUAGUGGGGAGACGCAAGGCAGACAUAGACAGGGUGCCCACCAACCUUUCAGCUUCAACUUUGAUGACAUUUUCAAGGACUUUGAUAUUUACAGCCAGAACAGGCAUGCUCGCCACCGAAGACACUUUGAUGAACACUCAAGGUACCACAAGGAAUCCCACAGCAGACAUAAGAGACACUUUCAAGGAGGUUUUGGAGCAGGUAUUUUUGAUGACAUGCAUGACGACAUAGAGCGAAUGUUUACCUUUGACAGACACACCAAACAGACUGACAACAGGUUUCAUGGUGCAUCAAAACAACACUGUAGAACAGUGACACAGCGCAGAGGAAAUAUGGUAACCACAUACACAGACUGUACUGCAUCGUAAGAUGCAGUGUAAUGUUACAUCUGACUCUAAAUUGCCUUAACGGUAUUAGGGGUGGAAUGGUUCAUGUAUUGAACCAAAACGAUGUGGGCGUCACGGUUCGGUGUAUGAAUUGACACAGAGAAUACACGGUAUAAAAAUAAAUAAAACCUGGGUGUAAAUUAAUUAAUGUAACGCGGAACUACUAUGCGGGUUCUUCAGGGAAACCUAAUCUGAAGCCCCGCUUUAGCUAUGAAGCUCAUCGUAUGUAGCCAAGCUCCGCUUAUGUAUGCAGUUUUUCUGCGAGUUAGAGAUAACAGAAGGAAGUGUAUGGCGAGUUGUGGCAAAGAGUUAGAGGACCCCCACCCUCUUUAAGAUCACAAGUUUGGGAAAACUUCAGUUUCCCAGUCAGUUACAGUAGUACAGGCGAAAGAGUGGUGGAUAAGACUAAUGUUGUAGAUUAGUGUUAUGUUUACAGCGUUGCGGCUCCGAAUCGUAAUGUUAGUUGGGACCGAUGCCUUGUUUCUUCAGGUUAACUAUAUUAGCUUUAGCCAGGCAGGGAGCAGCUUUCUGUGGUGAAAAAUGGCCGGCAGACAUUAAUCAGGUGAUUUAGUUUGUCUUGUCAGAGAACAGAGAUGCUGUAUUUUCAGUUUUAUAGCUGAAUGUCCUAUUUUGUUUACAAGUUACAGAUGGAGUCUGAAGAUGAUGUGGUGCACUUAUUGUUUACUGUUUACAUCUUACUUUACACACUUUAGGCUGUUGCAGUUAGCUGAGGAGAGAGACUGUAUGAGAUUAGGUGGUACAGCCUGAGACGUAAACGAUACAAUAAAAUUGCCUUCUGCAUUUGUGCUUUGCUUUUCCCUCCGUUGCACCGAACGCGUACCGAACCAUGAUGUCUGAAACGAGGUAUGAACCGAACUGUGACUUCUGCACACCGUUCCACCCCUAAACAGUAUACAAUACUGUUGUAUUGAUAAGGUAAUGGAAAGCCACCUGGUUCAAAUGCUGUGAAAUUUGAGCACUGACAUUGAUAUCUGACAUUGAGGCACAGGAUGGCAAACAGUGAACACUCAGUUUUCUUAGGUCUAAGUUCAAAUAAGCUAUGUUUUGUUCAAGCUUUUACCUGUGUUUUCACUUACUGUUCAAAUGAGCUGGGAGAUUAUUUUUCAGUGUUUUUUGCGCACCUUAUUUGAUAGUGUAAUGUUACUGUUUGGAAAAAUAAAACAAUCAUACAUAAUUUGGCACUCGUGUGUCGGUUGACUACUUCCUCCCUGUUUUUUGUACAGUUUUCAGUUUCUUUUGUAUAGUUUUUGCCAUUGUGCGUCUUAAAAAACAAAAGGUAAAAACAAUAGCAGCCCGUGGAGUUUUGCUUAUGUAAGCAAAGUCAACAAAAAUCUGUGACCCUCCACGUGUUUGCUUGUUUGACUGCUGUUUGUACUACAUCCUGUUGAAAUAUUCAUGUACCCUACACUCCCAGUCACAUUUUUUGAACACCAUACAUUUGAAAAAUCAAUGCAGUUUCAUGACUUCUUAUUGUACUAGUCACAUGGUUUAUUUUUGUAUUUAUUUUAUAUAACAGUGUAAACUAUUGUUUUUUUAUCAACAGUUUAAGUGUAAGAAUACUGCAGUCCUACAAUGCUGAAGAAAUACUAUGUAUAAGUACAUCAAUGUUUAGCACAUUCUCUGAACCUGGUUAACUAAAUUGAUACAACCCCCAAUAUAUUGUUUUCUUAACAUAUCAUCUGUUACCUCAACUUUAAAACUGUAAAGUUACAGUUCUUUUACAUUGUAGUGUGCAAGUAUUUAUUUCCUAUAAUGAUAGUGUCGUUUAUACUAAAUGGCACUUAAUUGUGUAUAAAAUGUGUUUUAAGAAAUAAAAAGUAGAGACCAAA